AUGUCUGUGACUCCUGCGCAAGAAACGCAGGCGCUGUCUGUAGAAUAUGUGUUGAAAUUCGAGGGUCUUCCUCUUCGAUAUGCCCAAGGCCAAGCACGAGCGCCUGCGUCUGUGAUGGAGGAGCGUGCGAAUGAGCUGACACGGCUCAUGCAGCGGCUCCGUGAUGUCGGUCUGCAGUGUGUAUCUCGGCCUGGCAAGAAGGGUACGGGCGACGUCCUUGUGUUUAUCACGGCGCCGGAUCAUGCACUCUAUGCGCUGCGACGUGCUGAGAGAACGCACGAUUUCCUCUACGGCGUCGUCCCGCCUUCGUCGCACCACGCAGCGGAAGACCGCCUGACGCCUGCACAGCGUCUCCGCUACAUUCACAUGCUUAUUACAUCCCCCUUCCAAGCAGGCCAGGCCUCGUCCACUACAUCGUAUCGUCAUGGCGCUGGCGUCCGUCCUCGAUGCAAAGCGUUCCCCAACGUUGUCGACAUGACACCCCUGCACGAUCCGACGUUUGAGAAGCGUUGGGUGUCGACGUGGUCGAAAAUGUCCCUCCGCUCUAUGAUGUACGGUAUCAGUGACGACGACAUCGAUGAAUUGCGGGAACAUCUUGGCGAAAACAUUGCUAUGUACUUUGCGUUCCUGAACUGCUAUUUCAUGGCGCUGGCGCCGGCAGCGAUGCUAGGUUUGGUGUUUUGGGCAUCCGGUCGCUCGUACGAUCCUACCUAUGCCGCUGUGCUGCUUGUUUGGGCGACAGCCUUCCUUGAAGUAUGGCGCAUUCGCGAACGCAAACUCGCUGUGCGUUGGGGCAUGUCAGGUGUGUCGCAUGUAGCGGCACGCAAUGAAUCGUUCAGUCCACGUAAGAUCGUUCGCGCCUCCGUGACUGGCGAGCCUGAAGAGGUGUUUGAGUGGUGGCGACGUGAUUUGCGGUAUAUGGUGACGCUCCCUAUUACGCUGGCCUUUGUCGCUCUGCUUGUUCUCACCAUUACCGCACUGUUUGUCUUUGAGGUGAUUUUGAAGGAAGUGUACGAUGGUCCGUUCCAAUCGGUGGUCCCGCUCAUUCCUACGGUGCUCUUUGGCGUGGGUAUGCCGCUAAUUCUGUCGGUAUGGCGGUCCAUGGCAGGGUUCCUUACCUGGUUUGAGAACUACGAGACGGAAAACGCCUUUGUCGCCAGCCUUACCGCCAAGAUUUUCGGCAUGCAGUCUUUGGUCACUUUUGCAGGUCUGACAUUUAGUGCGUACAUCUAUAUUCCGUUUGGCGAGCGGAUCGUUGCUGAGUUUAUUCAGCGUGGCUAUCUCGCACAAGUGAUUCAGAUGUUCUCUCUCGACAACUAUGUCAAAAUGCCGAAAGAUGUCCACUUCUCAAUCACGCCAGGCCGUUUGCACGCGCAACUCUUUGCGCUGAUUGUCACCGGGCAGCUUAGCAACACCUUCUCCGAGCUCGUCUUGCCGAUUCUGCUUCGCACAGGCGGCCCUCUUUGGGCGCGGCUUCGUAAGCGUCUGGGAUGGGCACCGCCACCGCCACCCAAGGGCUAUGCUGCUGUAAGCUCCGAGACCGAACGUGCGUUGUUAGAGCGUGUCCAUGAUGAGAUGGCGCUGCCUGAGUACGACUUGUUCACCGACUAUGCCGAAAUGGCGACGCAGUUCAGCACGAUCACCAUGUGGUCGGUUAUCUGGCCGCUAGCGCCUGUGAUGGGCUUCGUCAACAACUUCUUCGAGCUUCGCUCUGAUGCGAUGAAGCUAGUCAUGAAUAUGCGUCGUCCCGUACCCCGUCGCAGCGAGAGCAUUGAGCGCUGGAUGGAUGUCUUGGCGCUGUCAGUGCGCUUGGCCGUCUUCACGAACGUCUCGCUGAUCUACCUGUUUGAAAACAAGGCCAAACUCAACAUCUUGUCGGGUCACUCGGUCAUGCGCACGUACCUACACCCGCAUCUGAACGCGACGCACCCCGUGAAGCAGUCGGCGGCUCAUGUCAUGCCGUACUUCCUGCCUCGUUCAAGCUCGGCAGGCGCUGUGAUGGCAUCAUUCCUGUGUGCCUUGAUAUGGGAGCAAGUAUUUAAGCUUGUACCCAUGUUCCUGCACCAUGUUUUCGAGCGCGUGCUAUGGCACAAGAGCGAAGAGGAGCGUGCUGUGCGGCGCAAAGAGCACGAGAACCGCAUGUCGAUUGUCGAACGUAUGCCUGAUCCUUCGUCGUCGUUGGCACCAUCUCUGCCCUGGCAGAACAGUACUAUUGCCUCUGCACAUCGCACUAGUGGCGUGGAUGCUGCCUUCUGGGAUCCUGUACAUGACACGGGUCUCUCUGUCAUUCAGAAUGCCGCCAAGACCUCAUAG